GCUGAAUUCAAUAAAUUCAAGCAAAUGUUGGAGCAAGGCAAAGCUCGAGCUGAGGCCGCACAUCAAGCAUCGUUGACUCGGCUGUCUCCAGCGGCCAAAGCUGCUGACGCUCGACUGAGCGCUAUCGCCAGCAACAGGGCCCUCAAAGUUGGAGAGAAACAACGACAACUUGCCGCUGCCUUCCAAGGCCACAAAACCUUAGAUCCCUUGAAAACUUUCUGCCUUUUGGCUUGUGCGUUGAUCUUCAGAUCUCCGGAAAGAUAUCCCUCUAUCACAUCUUUCUGA